AUGAAAUGCGGAGGUGCAGGGUCUAUCACCUGCUGCCUGACUUUGCUUCCAACUUGGUGGCUUCUUCUGAACGAUGCCGUCAUUUCGGCAUCAUCUAUUUCGGAAGAAGCAAAUUCCUUAGAGAGCUGUGAUCGAUCCCGGGUAAUUUUAAAGCAACCUUGGGGAGUCUUCGGAGAUGGCCCAGGCAAAUAUCGCCCGAAUACCUAUUGUCAAUGGCUCAUUAUUGCCAAUUCCAGUUCACGGUUUAUCCAUCUGAGUUUCCGAGAACUGAAGACCGAAUGUUCAUACGAUCAUGUAUUUGUGCAUGAUGGGGAUUCUGUGGAUUCACCGUUAUUGGCUGGGUUGAGUGGUGAUACCGUCCCGCGUCAGCCGAUUGUUGCCUCGUCGGGAAAGAUGCUGGUGCUAUUGUUCAGUGACACGAACUAUUUCUUGGAGGGAUUCAAUGCUGAGUACUCCGUCUCAGAUUGCAUGUUCAAUUGUAGCGGCCAUGGAUUGUGUGCUGACCAUGAAUGCGUUUGUGAUGAGCUGUACUCUGGUGACGCGUGUGAAAAUCCACUAUGUCCGGACGACUGCGGUGAAGCAUUAGGACGUGGUGUAUGUGAUCUCGACAAAAAGAAGUGCAGAUGUUCUGUACACUUUGCUGGGACGGCCUGCGACCUGCCCGCGAUCAAUGACGACAACGCCCGGUGGAUCAUGCUUGCAAGAGGGUAUCAAGGGUCGGACGCUUUCAUGCCAUCGACUGCAAUGUCGGGAGUUUAUUCCACACUUCGAGACACCUUUUACGUCUUCGGGGGGUACGAUCUCAACAGUGUGAACGAUCAACUAUUCGCGUACGAUUUCUCCUUCGGUUUAUGGGUGGAGAUCAUUCCUGCGGAACCCAGUAGUGCGUUGCCUUCGCGCAGGAAAUACAAUGAUUUAAUAAAGUUUAGUGUGGACAAUAACACCGUCAGUGUUAGAUUACGCGAUACGCGGCAAGUGCGGGAGUACAAGCGGUACUUUCCUCGUGGACGCUUCGGUCAUGCAAUGGCUUAUUUAGAGCCGGAUCUCGUUGUGUUGUACGGGGGAGAAUUCAGUGACGGAUCUCAUUCUGAUGAAUUAUGGACGUACAACGUUACAUCGAAUAUUUGGAUACUAGUGAACACUACGGGAGUCAAACCACCUCCACUUUCCAAACACACCCUGACGAUUGUCGGUGACAACACUCUUUACCUUUUCGGAGGUAGCAAAUCGUAUGGAGAGUUUUCGUCUGACAUGUACCGACUCAACAUGUCAUGGAAUCCGUUGAAGUGGGAACGUGUUCGGUUCCGUGGAGGGAAAGCAGAAGAGUUGCGUCUUGUCGGUCAUACGGCAGUGUAUUACGCUGCUAGUAAUUCGUUGAUUGUUUACGGCGGUAUUGCUGUAAAUCUGGCCAAAUUUUCGGUAUUGAGUGAUAAAAUGUUUGUGUUCGACGUUGAAACGAGUUUCUGGAGUGAACUGUCCUAUCCGAGGGGUGACCAUUAUGAUCACUUUGUUCCAAUGAAACGUGCUUUCCAUUCCGCUCAAAUAAUCGGAAACUUCAUGGUUAUUUUUGGUGGAUACUCGCAUCAUCACAAUCAAGAAGAGAAAUGCUAUGAUGAUCGACUCUACUUGUACCAUCUCGGCUGUCAUACAUGGAUCAGCCCCUCUGUGUUGAAAACUUCGCAAGAUUCCUUAGCUCCUGGCGUGUUACCGAGUUGGGUUCCUGUGGGCAGAUAUUCCCAUGCUUCUGCCGUUCGUCUCAACCACACCUUGCUUAUAGCUGGUGGCUUUCACGGGAAUGUUGACGGAAAUUUUAUUGCUUUGAUAUUCCCAACGUCAUUCGUGAGCAACGGAUCGAAAUCAAUCGCCAAAUGCUCUAUGUACAAAGAUCGUGCAGUUUGUUCAUCCAAUCCCGAGUGCGGCUGGUGCGAACCAGAGAUGGUUUGUUUAGACAGAACUGCUGGCGCUAAUUGUACCGGAAAUUUGCAAAGUAGCCAUUGUCCUGGAAUAUGCCCAUCGAUCACAGAUUGCGUCUCAUGCAUGAUUCAUCGACGAGACACAUUUGAUGAUCACUCGGUGGCCGGCAAGAAAAAACUGCUGCAGUGUCAUUGGUGCGUCCAGAACGCCUAUUGUCACGCCAGGCAUGAUGUCGGAUCCUUGUGCGGAACAGAAGACGAGACGGUUUCCGGCACCACUGGUUGGUGGGGUCCAAAGGGCGACGAAGUUUCGAGCGUGGAAGAAUGUGUCCGUAAAGAUCGACGACCGGGUUUAACGUUGUUAGUGUACAAGCAUCCAAAAGACCUGGAUCAUCCGGAUGAAGUUUCCAUUAUCAAUUCUACAAUGGAGACGUUCACCCCGCAGUCGUAUUUGCGAGAAACCGGGCCUCCGACGGCGAGGAUGUUUGGCUAUUUGCAUCCCUUGGGAAAUAAACCGAGUAGCGGGGAGCCGGAUUUGCAGGUUUCCAUGAGCGUCGCGAAUGCCGUUGGGGUAUUGAAAAUAGGAUCCAACGAUUCGAAUGCUUCCUUGGAGGUGGUCGGCAAUCAAACAACCGGUCCAACGAGAGAAGUUGUUCAUAGAGUGACUGCUCGGCGUCCCGGCGGAGGACCUAUGUUUUCCAACUCCUCACGUGGAAGCCGGUAUCUGUUGGACUUCGAAGUUAUGCAAAAACCGUCAGGAUCCUCAACUUUCAAAAUGAGAUUGGAUUGGAACCAGAUAUCUGGUUCCGGUUUCGGCAUCCCGCGGUUCAAUAAGGAGAUAACCUACGAGUUUUUGGAGCCCUACUCCAAUGGAAGCUGCAAGAGUUUUCGAAAUUGCUUGGCUUGUCUGUCGGACGCGGAAUGCGCCUGGUGCGACGCCACGGCCACUUGCCUCCGUCGCAACGAUGCCGGCACUGCGCAAUGUGGAGAAACGCCGCUGCAUCUCGGCGAAUUCCUGCGUCUAGAUCCGUCUCUAUGUCCUUUGUGCUCGGACCACAUAUCCUGUUUCGCUUGCGUGUCCGCCGGCGCCAUCACGGGUCGUCCUUGGUGCGAGUGGCUGGUGGAAGAAGCCACGUGCGUUCGUCGCGGGAAGACCCCGGAAUCCUUGAUCGCCUCGGGCAACCUCGCCCUCGCUGUUGCCCGGGAUUCCACCGAGUGUCCGGUGCCGUGUCACGCGCGCCUCACGUGCACGGAUUGUCUGGACUUGCCCGGCAAAUGCUCGUGGUGUGCGGCGCGGAAAGAAUGCUUUGUGUUUUCCGUCUUCACGUCCCGGUUUCAGUAUGCGCAAUGCAGAGACUGGACUGAUGAAGAUGCUGCGCUUCAGCCGCAUGAGGACGCUGUUGGUGGACCUAUGUUUGGAGGGACUCGGUCCGAGUCGGAGGAUAGCAAGUGCCGGAGGUGCGAGACGGCGUGGAAUUGUUCGACGUGUUUGAAACGACUUGGUUGUGGUUGGUGCUACAAUCAGGACAACCCGACGAUCGGGGUAUGCGUGGGGGGCGAUUUUACUGGCCCACGGCAAGGGACAUGCGAAGAUUCCAUACGACAAGCAAGACGAAAUUCUACGAUGGAGUUAGCUCCCUCCAGUCGCGGUGAUCAGCCAAGUGCCAUGGCAUUAAUUGCGAUUGAAGCGAAAUCGGCAAAAGAAGAUUUGAACGUCACACUUUCUACUGGUUGGGCUUAUGAUGUGUGUUCAGACGUGGACGAGUGUCGAUUGGGUUUGCAUGACUGCCACCCGGAUGCCGAAUGUUUGAAUACGCGUGGGCAUUUCAGAUGCGCUUGUAAGCGAGGAUUUGCGGGCGAUGGACGCAGUGUGUGCGAGAGAACUUGCUUUGACGAGUGUGUGCACGGGCAUUGUUCUGGGGCACCUGAAUUCAAGUGUCAGUGUCCUUUGGGAUGGACCGGAACGGAUUGCUCGCAAGACUGCAAAUGUCGUGGCCAUUCGACCUGCAAACUUGGAAUAGGAAUAUGCGACGAAUGCAAAUUCUUAACUAGAGGUGAAUUCUGUGACGAAUGCGUUCCGGGCAGUUUCGGAAAUGCGUCGUCACUACAAGGGUGUCGAAGAUGCUUCUGCAACGGCCACGGUGACGAGGACAAAGGCGUGUGCGACCCAGUUUCAGGGACCUGUUUUUGUCGAGAUAACACCGCCGGCAGGGAUUGCCAUCGAUGUAAAGAAGGAUUUUAUGGGGAUCCGAGAAAUGGUGGAUUGUGUUACCGGAAAUGUAAGCCGCGAGAUUUUAUUCAUGGGACGGAUUCUGGUGGACUGGGUGCCUUCUUCGGAAGUUCGGACGAGGAACAUUGUCUUUGGAUUGUAUCCAUAUUCGACUCGCUGGAAGAAGCCACGUUGCACCCACCCGUGUAA